CGGAGCCCCUUCCGCUCGCCGGGGCCCAGUCCCGGAGCGCCCCGGCCCGGCUGGCUUGGGCUGAGGUCCCGGGUCCAUUGUCCGGCGGUCCGUCUGUCCGGAGGCGGGGCCCAGGGACCCAGAGCGCAGCGCAGCGCCGAGGCGCCGGAUACAGAUCACUUGGAUUCAGUCGAGUUUGCUUUGCUCCGUGGGAACUGCACCAGAGCUGGAGGUCUGAAAAAGAACUGUGUUUGAUAUGCAGAUAUGCUAGAAGACUGCCUGAAAGCUGCUUCCUUUGCCACUUCCUGUGGAGGCCUGUCUUUGCCAUUUGCGGUUUCUUUCUUCUUUUGGUUAGCAUCUUGCAAGGAGGUAGUAACAUAUCCAGUCGUGAAACUGGGAAAGACCAGAGCUCUUGCAUCAGGGAAACAUGUCCCGUCGGAAACAGACAAAUCCAAAUAAAGUUCACUGGGAUCAAGUAUUUGCUGGGCUAGAAGAGCAAGCCCGCCAGGCGAUGAUGAAAACUGAUUUUCCUGGAGACCUUGGCAGUCAGCGACAAGCUAUCCAACAACUAAGAGAUCAGGACUCCAGUAGCAGUGACAGUGAGGGUGAUGAAGAGGAGACGACACAAGAUGAAGUCUCUUCCCACACAUCAGAGGAAGAUGGAGGGGUGGUCAAAGUGGAGAAAGAGUUAGAAAAUACAGAACAGCCUGUUGGUGGGAACGAAGUGGUAGAGCACGAGGUCACAGGGAAUUUGAAUUCUGACCCCUUGCUUGAACUCUGCCAGUGUCCCCUCUGCCAGCUAGACUGCGGGAGCCGGGAGCAGUUGAUCGCUCAUGUGUACCAGCACACUGCAGCAGUGGUGAGCGCCAAGAGCUACAUGUGUCCUGUCUGUGGCCGGGCCCUUAGCUCCCCGGGGUCAUUGGGUCGCCACCUCUUAAUCCACUCGGAGGACCAGCGAUCUAACUGUGCUGUGUGUGGAGCCCGGUUCACCAGCCAUGCCACUUUUAACAGUGAGAAACUUCCUGAAGUACUAAAUAUGGAAUCCCUACCCACAGUCCACAAUGAGGGCCCCUCCAGUGCUGAGGGGAAGGAUAUUGCCUUUAGUCCUCCAGUGUACCCUGCUGGAAUUCUGCUUGUGUGCAACAACUGUGCUGCCUACCGUAAACUGCUGGAAGCCCAGACUCCCAGUGUACGCAAGUGGGCCCUACGUCGACAGAAUGAGCCUUUGGAAGUACGGCUGCAGCGGCUGGAACGAGAGCGCACGGCCAAGAAGAGCCGGCGGGACAAUGAGACCCCCGAGGAGCGGGAGGUGAGGCGCAUGAGGGACCGUGAAGCCAAGCGCUUGCAGCGCAUGCAGGAGACAGACGAGCAGCGGGCACGCCGGCUGCAGCGGGAUCGGGAGGCCAUGAGACUGAAGCGGGCCAAUGAAACCCCGGAAAAGCGGCAGGCCCGGCUCAUCCGAGAGCGAGAGGCCAAGCGGCUCAAGAGGAGGCUGGAGAAAAUGGACAUGAUGUUGCGAGCUCAGUUUGGCCAGGACCCUUCUGCCAUGGCAGCCUUAGCAGCUGAAAUGAACUUCUUCCAGCUGCCUGUAAGUGGGGUGGAGUUGGACAGCCAGCUUCUGGGCAAGAUGGCCUUUGAAGAGCAGAACAGCAGCUCUCUGCACUGAACCACACCCUCCUGCCUGCCCUCCUCCCCACCUACCUACCCACCCACGCACACCCACAGCCACGAGGACCAGUGCUGCUGCCACCCACGAGGCCCUGUCCUUGCUGCCAGAGGCAGGCCUGGGUUUAUUGCAGGUGGACCUGAGCAGCCCUUGCAUAUGGGAACAGGAUGAUGGGGUCAGGAGGGACCUGGCUCAAGGCAGCUCUGGACAAGGGAGCAGGCAGUCCAGAGAAUUGGCCUCCCCAGCCCACUGCCACAGGCUGUGCUUCUAGGACUGUGGGGCCCCUGUGUGGCCCAUGAAGUUGUGAAGUCAAAUAAAUUAAUUUUAUCUUUA